GCGUGUUCAGUGGGUGUAUGGGCAGCGCAUCUGUCAAAAAAGAGAGUUUUCCACUGUUCCCAGGAUCUCCCAGUGAUUGGAACGCGUAUAUUUGAUCGGUUAUUGAGCGAUUAAUUUUCAGUAAUAGGACCAGUGCAGUGCUGAUCAGUUAAUCCACACCGAUACAUGGAUUACAUGGGACUCAGCAGUCGGUUUCCCGAGGAUAAUAUUGGGUGGAGUGUGGAUGAUGAAAGAUUGAGGGAACUCUUCUAAAAAUUAUUUUAUCACCAUGCAUUUUUCAAUUCCUGAUACUCAGGAGUUUAUUGAUAACAGUGGAAACUCAUAUUUGAGUUACAACAUCCACAUAAACGGCCUCUUCCACUGUACAGUCCGCUACAAGCAGCUCCUCCAUCUCCACGAGCACCUGACGAAGGAGACGUCCCUCCCCCUGCCGCCCUUCCCCCCGAAGAAGCUGUUCCCCCUGACCGCAGCCCAGCAAGAGGAUCGUCGUCAGUCCCUGGAGAAGUACAUCCAGACAAUCGGUCAGACCUCGUCCCUGAACACGUCCCCCCUGCUGACGGCGUUCCUCCUGCACGCCCAGCAGGAGACCUCCGCCAAGCUGUCGACCAUCGAGAACCUCGACAUUUUCCUCCAGAACAACCGUCGAAUCUCCCUGAAGGUCACCACCAGCGAGAGCACCUCCCGCGUCCUGAAGAAGCUCCUGCGCCACCUGAACCUUCCCGAGCACCUGGACCCCUUCUUCGCGCUCUUCGCGGUGAUCGAGGGCGAGAGCAACGCCAACAUUCUCCGUCGCCUCCAGGACUUCGAGUCGCCAGUGCUCACCCUGGGGAACAUAAAUUUCCCGGCUGUCAAAUUAAUGAUUGGCAGGAGCUACUGGGAGACUGAGAAUGACCUGAAACUCACUCAGGACUCGGUCUCCCUGGACCUCCUGUACCACCAGGCGGUGGCCGAGGUCAGCAGGGGCUGGAUCCUGGUGCCGACGAGCCUCCAGGAACACCUCAACUCCAUCGACGACAAGCGAGAGUACCUCAAGGCCAUCAGGAACUGCAAAUACUACGGUUUCACUCAGUUCGCCCCCUGCACCUGCGAUUAUCCUCAACCUGACACCAGGGUAAUCGUCUCCAUCGGCAGGAAUGAGCUCAAUGUGCGAAUGCUCCUCGAUGACAAUCAGGAGCACGAGGCUGUCUUCAAGGUCACCAGGAUGAGGUGCUGGAGGAUAACCACUCUGCACAAUGGAAUGGACAGGUCUGAGGGCUCUGACUACACUCUUGAGCUGUCGUUUGAGUAUCUUGUCGCCAGAAAUCAGCUGCAGUGGAUCACCAUUGUCUCGGAGCAGGCCAUUCUCAUGUCUGUGUCACUUCAGGGAAUGAUUGAUGAACUUCUCAGGAAAGGGGACGAGGGGAGGGGCGAGGGCGGCGGGGGGAAGAGCUGGAGUUAUGUGAUGAGGGAUGGAGUCAGCAAGAUCAUGAUUGGGGGUCACAAGUUCUGA